UAUUCCAAUUAGAGAGAGGGAGAGAGAAAAGGAAUGAGAGAUCCAAAAUAAUGAGAUACAGAAGAGAGAUUCGAGAUUUGAUUACAAUGAAUUGAUUACAAUGAGAAUUGAUUACAAUUAUCUGUCAAUGUCAAUGGCCAAUUUUUUCAUGAUAAGAAUAGCAAUAUAUGCGUAUAUAUUUCGAGUAGAAACAAAAAUUUCAUAUAUUUCAUAUUUUCUGAUGAAGAUGGAUGAAAUAAUGCCGCAUAACGCGGAAGAGCCAAACUCUCAGACUACACACAAGAAUAGUGUAUCUUAUAUAGGGCCAAUGAUGCAGCCUCAGAGUGGUCAGAGAUUUCUUGUAAUCCUAACAUUUGCGUGCGAUGUUCUAAUAGGAUGUGUUAGACAAUUAAACAUAAUGGAUGAAGAAUGUGGCGAUGGAAAUUAUGGAACUAUACUUGCUCAUACUGCCAGUGUCAUAAAAAUAGCAAUCAAGGAAGGCAGUAUUUCAGCAACAAGACCUUCUAUAGCAUUUACACAAAUAAGUCGUAUUAUUGAGAAAGAAAUGGGUGGCCUGGAAGGUGGAAUGUAUUCAUUGUUUUUUGAUACUAUCGCCAAGAGCUUUCUUAGAUUUUGAGAUGAUGAGCAAUUAACUGCAAGCAUGUGGUUAACUGCCUUAACAUCUGCAAACAAGAUGAUAUCUGAGGUCAGUCGAGCAUUAAUAGGUGAAAGAAGUAUGCUGGAUGCUUUGAUACCUGCACAACAUAAAUUAAGAGAUGCGUUGAAUUUGGGAUUAAGUCCUACCGAUGCAUUCGGAGAAGCUGUUAAAGCUGCUGAGACUUCUACUAUGCAAACUGUACAUGUGUCAGAAUCGCAUUCUGUUGAUUCUACAAAUUGCAAGACAUUCAAAUAUCCAGAUCCUGGAGCACAUGCUGUAGGUAUAUGGAUGAGAGCUGCUUAUGAAGGCUUCAAAUUAAAAUUUGGUUGUGAAUUCAAUGUAUAAAAAAAAAUAAAAUAUCUUUUUUUUUU